GCUCUCUCGCUUGUUCUAAGAUUGUUUAUAUUCGGUGAACUGUCAAUUUCUGAAAUAUGAAUGGAAUAUUUAACUGUAAACUUUCCAAGAAACAGGUGCUAACUUCCUGUUGAAGUGUUCCGAUAAGAACUCCCUCGCAAACGUCAUACUCGGUGAUAAUCCAAGCCAGGUUUAAUUAUAAACCACCAGAAAUCUCUGAUUUUCCGGAAAUGUCAUCUUCUCUCACUUGUGGAAUCCACAGUUGAUAGUGUUUGUGUUUACGUUGAAGCCCGCAAGCUACCACCCAUCCCCCCAUUUAGCGAGAAGUGUCAACGAGCGUGCUCCCUUGUCCCCGCUUCGGUACGUCGCCGGACACUUGGAACGCGUCAACACAGUCCAUAGUCGUGCAGAUGAGACCAGAUUCCGAGUUGAUUUCUGGGCGUGCCAAGAAAGUAGUUAAGAUGAAGCGCAGAACGCUUGCCGGGAAUUGUGGAGUUGGAGUGUUUGUCAUCGCUUUAGUUGCUGUUGUUUUAGCCUUUGGUACCCACAGUUGGUUGGUAAGCGACUAUCGGAUAACUGGUGCAAAAUUGGACAAGUUGGGAUUAUGGGUGCAUUGCUUCCGGUCGUUACCGGAUGUGAAUGAUGAUAGUCAGCGAAGAUUCUUUGUAGGAUGUCGAUGGAUAUAUGAUCCAUUUACCACCGGGUAUGAUGAGAUACGGGGUUUUCUAUUGCCAGCUUUCAUGAUCGCCACACAAUUUUUCUUUACCCUUUGUCUUGUUGGCGUUCUGGUUUCAUUAAUUCUGGUGCUGCUGUUUUUCCUCUGUGCGGGUCCAGAUCAAAAGCACUUUGUAUUGUUGAUUACGGUAAUUGGUUUCAUUCUUUUAACGUCUGGAGUGUCAGGGGCAAUUGCGGUUAUUGUGUUCGCUUGCUUCGGUAACACGCACAAUUGGAUGCCUAAUCAUUCAAACAAUUGGUUUGGUUGGUCGUUUGGUAUGGCAGUAGUUGGCUCUGUAAUGUGCAUUGUGGCGUCCACCCUUUUCCUUACAGAAAGCCAUGUUCAACGGAGAAAACGGGAGCAGUUCAAAGAGUCACAAACGAGGUUUGAACUUGAACGCGAAACGAAGGCGUGAUAGGAUUUACAUUGAACCAUUUACUAUCACGUAGAAAAUCAAAAAGCAAUCCAAAGUCAAACGUUAUCACAUUCCAAGUGAUAUCCGGUCUAAUUGGACAUUGCAUUCCGAAGAUUUUGUUUUUUAAUAUUAGGACAGACAUAAACCAUCAUUUUAUUUUAUAUAAUUUCAUUUACCUUCUUUAAUGUAAUGCCGAACUAGAAUGUAGUUUUUGUUUUAUUAAUGUUAGACUAAUAUUUGGUAAAGAAUUGAUAGGAAGAAGAAUCUCUUUGCUGUACAUAUACAUUGUUGAAAUGUUGCCUCCAAGACUUUAUACGAUUCUUUUGAACCACGCACAUUCGAUUCGCUACAAGUGAAUUUUCAAAAGAGUGCUCCUUUCUGUUCGCCCACUUUGGCUAGUUGUUUUCAAGGCUACAGUUUCUCAUUGCCUGUUGGCUCAUUGCUCGCACAACAUUGAUUGUAAAGAUAAUGAAAUUGAAGCAUAGUCUCCUCAGCAAAGUAUGAAACUAAUGAGCAAAUAAAGGCUUUCCGUAUCUCGGCGAAUAAGAUACAUUAACAAAGCAACAACGAGUGCGUCUUUGGGAAAUUCACUGACCGCAAUUUUAUUACUUUUCAAAAACGAGUAAAAUGUAAACAGUAAUAUUCCGUCCAUUUACAAUAAUUAUCAUAAAAUUUAUACUUCUCAACUAAAUCGAAUGGAAUCAAAACAAUCUGUGGUACAAUAUAUUCCGUCCAUUUUCGUAAUAUUUAACGAAUGAAAGUUUUGUACAAGAUUUUUUGAAAGACUCUUUUUUAUACAAAUGUUUUAUGGUUACGUGCGUAGAUUUUUAAUAAAAGAAAAAAGCAUUAGGUGUAUUAGAAUGCCCACAAAGAUAGGGAAACGUGUCGAGGAUGGGUCUAUAAGCUGCCUUGAAUAAGAUAAUACAGCAAAUAUUUGAAGGAAAUGAAAGUUAACAAUUGUUUUAUCUUUUUGAAGAAGCACAGUAAGAGAAGAAUAAAGUGUAACAUUCCUGUACAAAUUUCUAUUGACAAAUAAACUGAAUGGUAAUGAAUGAAGUA